AUGGAAGACAUCUCCCUCGAGGAUGACUCAGACAGGAACGUCCGAAUAGGCAAAGGCCUAGGCUCAGGACUUCGAAUAGAGCUGAUUCAGUUGCCGAGAGAUCACAAAGACAUUUUCGCAUGGUCAGCAGCUGACAUGCCAGGAGGAGAAGCAGAACCCAUCAAAAAGAAAGGCGUCCCGAGGAAGGUGGACCCCGAGCUGACAUGGGAACAAGAGCAAAAAGACGCGUUCCAACAGCUCAGGGCUCACCUAGCUCAACUGCCGACGCUAGCCAGGCCCAAAGAGGGGGAAACUCUGUACUUAUACGUCGCAAUCAGCCCCGGGACCGUAAGCGCAGUGCUCCUCCGAGAAGAAGAAAAGAAGCAACAGCCAAUCUACUUUACCAACCGAACCCUGACGGAUGCCGAAACUCGGUAUCCACUCAUUGAGAAGGUAGCAUACGCAGUGGUAGUAGCAGCUCGGAAAUUAAGGCCCUAUUUUGACUCCCAUCAAAUAGUGGUACUAACUGACCAGCCACUGGUGAAAGUGCUAGAUAAGAUAGAAAGGUCGGGGAGAUUGGCUGCUUGGGCUUUCGAGUUGUCUGAGUUCGGAAUCAAGUACCAGCCGAGGACGGCAAUCAAGGCAAAGGCACUCGCAGACUUCUUUGCCGAAUGCUCGUAUCAAGAGGUGCUAGAUGACGCCAAGAGAACAUGGGAGGUCUACACUGACGGAUCUUCCACAAUGAACGGCUCGGGAGCCGGAGUAGUGCUGAUACCCCCAGUGGGAAAAAGCAUAGAGUACGCCCUAAAGUUCGGUUUCAAAGAAACCAACAAUGAGGCCGAAUACGAGGCAACAAUCGCAGGGAUAGAGCUGUGCUUAUCUCUUGAAGUCGAACAUCCAGCUCAAACCUUGCAAGCAACACUGUACCCCUUACCGUUUGCACAAUGGGGUUUGGAUAUUAUUGGUCCAUUCCCUUCGGCUGUGAAUCAGAAGAAGUGGCUGAUUGUGGGGGUGGACUACUUCAGUAAGUGGAUUGAGGCCGAAGCAGUCUCCUCCAUCACGGAGCAGCAGGUCCGCAAGUUCAUCUGGCAAAAUAUCAUCACAAGGUUCGGGAUACCGAGGCUAUUGGUCUUCGACCAUGGGAAGCAAUUUGACAACACACCACUACAAAGAUGGUGCAAACUGUUCGGUAUCCACCUCGCCUACUCAGCAGUGUGCCAUCCUCAGAGCAACGGCCAAGCCGAAGCCGCAAACAAGCUCAUCCUCAAUGCACUCAAGAAGAGAGUCGAGGACGAAAAAAGCAAAUGGCUAGAAGAGCUCCCAGGAACACUUUGGUCCCUUCGGACCACUGAGAAGGAAGCCACAGGACAAACACCCUUCCACCUAGUCUACGGUUCCGAGGCUGUCAUCCCUGUAGAGAUCGGAACAGAGAGCUUAAGGGUCCAGGCAUACAACAGGUUUCCGAACCACAAGAAGUCGGAAGAACGGAAGUAG